CCCGCCCGCCGCGCCCUUUUCCCCAAAAUCAAGCCGGCCGCGCGCGGCGAACGGCGGCGCCGCCAUGGACCGCUCGUGGCUUCUCGCCGCCGCGACCGGAGGCGGAGGCCCGCCGCUCCUAGCGGGUCUACUCCUUGACCGCGACCGACCGAUUCGGGCCGCGGUGGCAUUCGGCUACGGGGACGGCUCCUGGGAUACGACGGUGACGCGCGUCGAUGACGCCGCCGCCGGGGUGGUCGCCGUCGACUUCGUCGACCGCGGCGGCGAGAGACGCGCCCGUGCAUUCCUCAACAUCGACCGGGACGGCGUCCUGCUCCGCCUGGUCGCCGUCUUCGAUACGGUGGACCACGCCACCCGAGAGAACACCCGCAACGUGUUCGUUGUAUCGUCUGCACGCCGCCCUGAUCCCGCUGCACCCCCACCGGCCCCUCUCCUGCUAGGCCUACCACCAGCACCUGCCAUCCAGGUCGAUUACAUUGUCAUCGAUAUCCCAGACAACUUCCCUGUCCCUGAUGUGAGUGAGCACGGCUCAAAUGAUGGAGAUGAUGGACAAUAUGUACCUCCACUUGGUGCUGACCCGAGUGCAGCUGGGGGCGGGCAUAACAUAGCAGAUGACGGGGAUGCUCAAGAGUACCUACCUCCACUUGCCGAGGACCAGCUUGCAGUUGGCGGCGGCAACAACAGGCCACACAUAAAUGAUAAACAGGGAGAUUUGAUUCAGCGUGUUCAUGGUUUAGUUACAUUCCUGGUGGCUACUGAAGGAAUCAUGGAGCUGAAUGAUGAGCAGUGGUCAGAUGUGCGGACGAUGUUCACUAACUUCCACGAGCGUUUACCGGAGGAGCAUCAAUUAGAACUGGAAGAUCUGCUUGUGGAGAGGAGAAUGGAGCGAAUCCGUAGAUCCAAAGGGAGAAUGAUGAUGUCCUUCGCUUGCAACGUGACUGUUUCAUUUCUGUCACAUUGGAUACUCUUUCUCCUGUCUAUGCGAUUCACAGAAAGUGUCAGCUCUGAUUUGGCAACCGCUCUGGCCCCAUCGGCAGCUGCUCCGGCCCCACCCAAUGCACGGGAGCCAAACCAGUACUUGAUAUGGGGGGUAGAGAAGAUAGCUGCCCCAGCUCUGAUGAUGUUCAUGGUUUGGGCUGUGAAAAUCAUUUGUUAUCAGGCAAGAAUUUAAUUUGAUGGCAUAUAGAAACAAUGAUGCAGCAAACUUUCUUGUCAACAGUCUUUCGAAGAUAAGCUUUUUUGCGGUUAAAGAGUUUCCGUUAUUAUCCAAUCGCAUCUGGUGGGGGCAUCUUUUCUCAUUUGCUGUGGACUUUGUCGGAGCUAUCUUUCUUCUGUUCAAAAAUGGUUUCUGGGACCAGGAUAUUGCAGACGGAUGAACCACACCUCGAGGACAUACCGUGACAAAGAGACUGGUGAGGGGUUGCUGAUCCUGGCAAAGACUGGUUAAGAUGAAACAAAUGAAGCGACAUGACCAGAAGAGUAAUAAUAGAGAAGCAAAUGCAGUCCGUGAUAUAGAUAACUACCACAAGAAGCAAAGAAAUGGUGGAUGUAGGGCAAGUAAAUGAAGUCGGUGAUAAUGCUGAGGAUAUCCCCAAACUUAUCUGUGCUAGUGGUACUAGUACCAUGCUAGCGGUGAUGAUGAUUUUGCGUACAUAUGUGACUGGAGCCAGGUGGUAUACGUACUGCUGUAGUUAAAAAUUAGCAGACACGAGGGUCGGUGCUCGGAAAACUCCUAGUUAGCUUGUAUAGUAGUAUAUCACGCUGGACAUGGUUAACCACACGGGAACGGGAUAGGACUUGCCAUUCUUAAAAAGGCGCUGAGCUUCCGUCUUGCAUCA